UGAUUUUUCUACAAGUUCCCUGACAUCCCUUUUCUCUGGCAGGCCAGCGUACCCAAGGCCACGGCACUCCAAGAUGGUCUUUAACUGAUGGAAACUCAAAGUCACAGGGUCCACCAGCUGGCUGGCAAAUAUACCUGUCUCAUACCACACUAUGGUCUCAAAGAACCUGGCCAGCACAAAGAGAAUGAGGAAAUACAGCAAAAGGAAAAACAGCUUCAGCCACAUCUUGCCAGUUUCUUAAAAAAAAAGACUUCCAGGUAAGCAGGGGAGGAGUGCAACCUCCAAGGGGGGAGCUCAGCCUGUGCCUGAUACACUCAACUCACCACUUGUCUAUGCUGGAGUCACAUGCAUGCCAUGUACCCGAUCAAACACCAUAAUUAACCUAUUGAUUCACCUGUCAUUAUCACAAUUAGCUGUCUGGAUAAUAGACACAUGGAAUAAUAUAUCUUGGGGACUAGAGGAAGACUGUGGCCCUAAUGGCAGUCUCCUGGUGGGCACACUUCUCCUCACUGAGCUAGCCACACAGCAGGUUAUCCCAGGAGGGAUUUAUGGCUAAUAUUAAAACAAUAAGUCCCUAUGGUAAUCCAUGCAUACAAAUCAUAUACAUGACAAUCCUGGAGCUAUCCCUGCAAUGACUGUCAAACCUGGACUGUGCCCACUAUCCUGGGGCUUCCUGCAGGUUCUUAUAAUAACAUUAUUAUUAAUAACAACAAUAAUAAUAGUCCCUGAGGCCCAGCUGGGGAGUUUUAGUAGCUGCCCCCCUCCCCCUCAAUCCUGCCCCAAUGUGGGUAACCCAGGCAGGGGAGCUAUAAAGGCCUGUGAUGUCCAGUGCAGGGGCUCCCUGUCCAUGCUGGGGCAGGUAGGUGGGUGGGCUGUAGGUAGGUGGGAUGACAGGUAGGUAGGUGGGUGUGCUGCCAGGUAGGUGGGCUGUAGGUAGGUGGGCUAUAGGUAGGUGGGUGGGCUGCUAGGUAGGUAGGUGGGCUGCCAGGUGGGUGGGCUGUAGGCAGGUAGGUGGGCUAUAGGUAGGUGGGCUGCCAGGUGGAUGGGCUGCUAGGCAGGUAGGUGGGCUGUAGGUAGGUGGGUGGGUGGGCUGUAGGUAGGUGGGCUCUAAGUAGGUGGGCUGUAGGUAGGCUGCCAGGUAGGUGGGCUGUAGGCAGGUAGGUGGGCUAUAGGUAGGUGGGCUGUAGGUAGGUAGGUGGGCUGCCAGGUAGGUGUGUCCCAGCUCUGGUUGCUAGGGAGAUGCCAGGUAGGUAGCUGGUUGCCCGGUGGUGCCCUGUGUUCCAGGCUGGCAGUCCUGUUGCUGGGGGGGGGGAGCCCGGGGUCAGAUCCGGGAGCUGGAUACGGGGCUGCGAUCAGCUGAGCAGCCAAGACAGCUGUGUCGUCACC